GUUCAUUCAUUCCAAAACAGAUAUAAAACACAUGAAGCUAACACUAUUAGCCAAAAAUGCUAAGCAACUUUUUACAGAUUGUCUCCAUUUUCAUGCUGUUUCAUGGUUGUUUCAGCACCAAUGAUAUGAAUUCUGACACUUACUGUAUUUGGACGAGGUCUGUUUCAGGAGGGCGAACACAGUAUGCGUUUCUCCAAAGGACUCAGACAUCUCUUAUCUUGUAUGACAGCAUCUGGAAGCAAAAUAAUAGGCUUUUUAGUUGUGUCAAAAGCAAUGAGCAGUCUAUUAUUGACAGCUACAUGUCCAGGUGUUUGGAGGACAGCUCUUUCUCACAGCUUCUGGAUGAACGCUUUGACAUUAGUGUGCUGACUGAAGCUGAUGGCCCCUGUGAGGUUGCCGGUGUCACAGAGGAGUUUGCAGCGUCUGUACGGAGGGCCAGAGACCUGAUGAGUGUUGAACCGGAUGGAUUCGUGGAGCAGGACAGUGACGUCAGCUCCAUAAAGACACUGCAGCGCUCGAAACGAGCAUGGAUGAUUCCUGGGACUCUGUGGUGUGGCUCUGGAAAUAAAGCCACAGGAUGGACUGACCUGGGCGUCUUUGAAGAAACGGAUAAAUGCUGCAGAGAACAUGACCACUGCAAACACACCAUUCCCUCCUUCUCGUACGACCAUGGCGUCUUCAACACAAACCUCUUCACCUUAUCACACUGUGACUGUGACAACAGGUUCCGCCGCUGUCUCCUGGGUGUUAAUAAUAGCAUGUCCAACCUUGUGGGCUACGGGUUUUUCAACGUGCUAAAGAUGAGCUGCUUUGAGUUCUCUCAGCGGACGCAGUGUGCGAAGAGAACAUGGUGGGGCAGGUGUGUCAUGUCUGAACUUGCUCAAUAUGCUGUGGUCAAAGAUGCAGCAAACUACACCGACACACUCCCUGAACAAGAAAUGGAGUCCUUGGAAACGAGUUUUCAGCAAGCAAUCACCAUUGGACAGAACCAAGUCACCAAAAACAUGGAAGAAUCGCUUAUAAUUCAAUCCAAAGAUUCCAGGAACGGCACUGAAGCGCUGAGUCCAGUUUCCACAUCACCAGGGCCAUCUGUUACAACACUGCUGCCCCGGAAAUCUGAAGCUUCCGUCGUCCCAACAUACACACCGAAGACAACACUCGCCCAAAAUAAACCAGACAGCCCACAAGGCGAGUUUGAGAUGUGUAACCUCUAUAAGGACCUGGAUUCAUGCCAUCUACAGAUUCCGGCUUUACAGGAGAAAUUUGGUCUGCUGAAUCCUGACCGGAGAACCCUUUAUCACUGCAACUGUACAGCCAGGCUUGUCCAAAAGAUCGUAUCCAAAGAACUGGAUGAAACAGACCCUGUCCAUUCACUGUUGAUGGACUUUGUUUCACAAUCCUGCUUCAGUCUUCCAAAGUUUGAGGACUGUCUCAAUGGACAAAGUUGUUCAACCCAGCUCAUCCAAAACUGGAGGACAGACAUGGCGGGAGGGCGUCAUCUAGUGGACUUCAAACGCAAACUCAAGAGGAUGAACCUCAAGCGCUCCAAGAGAAAAGACUCUCCAGUCAGAUUAUAUAAGAAAUGCAUCAGGAUGCACACUAAACUGCACAGACCUCGAGUUCCUGAACGGAAACGGUCGUAAAUACCAUUCAACCUAACAAAUCAGCAAAAACAAUGUAGCAAUGCAAAUUAUGAAACAGAACUCUUAUGAAACAGAGCUUAUGCACAUUAGGGAGUCUGUUGUUUGUGUAACCUGUAAAAAAGUCUACGUUUAGCCAUAAGGAGCGUGUGCAAAAUAUAUUUAUAAUAAGAAGAACAGGGUUAUAAUAUUAUAUUUAGCCCAAAUAGGUCAGAGUGUUACAGCUAUCUCGUACGGUACCUCCAGUCACAUGCUUAAGUGCAACUUAAACCUUCAAAGCCAGCGUCAAAGUUUGUUAAAGUAAGUUGCCAUUUCCAACUCUCAAGAUCAGUGCUUGAGAAAUUAUUUUAUGCAUGCUAACAGUUAGCCCAGAGAAAGUACAAACUUUAUAUAGCAGGACAUUACAAAAUAAUUUUCAUACCUCAAAAUUUAGUGUCCCUUUUAUAUUUUUCAUCUGAGGUAAAUCUUUCCCGCUUCUUUUCUCAAUGUAGAGCGGGAUAUAAUUGCGCAUGCGCAGAAAAAACUGCCUUAAAUUUAAAGUGUUACAAUAUGUUUUAGUCUCUACUAACUUACCUAAUAUUGCACUAUAUGUGAAUACAUGCAAGUGAGUGUUGUAAAUGUAUGUAAAUUUGUAAAUAAUGUGUAAAUCUGUUUGAAUAAAAACUAAACAUCUUCA